AGCUGCUCCCCCAGUGAACCGAUAAAAGGGGAAGCAGCUCCCUCCAAGGGAGCCAGAGCUGUUUGGGCUGUGCGGGACUUCUCGCAGCGCGGCAGCUGCAGGGCCUGGAGGGAGAAAAGGGUUUCGAGCCUUUCCUUCCUGCUGCACUUCCUCCUGAGUGCUCAAGUGGUUCCCAUCUUCUUCUCCACACCCACCGUGUACCCCAGGCCUGCUGCUGCCACUGUGCUGUGUCCCCUGAGCUGGGGCCCUUGGCUGUCCGUGUCUGCUGGGAAGCCAAGGCUGGGAGCAACAGGAGCAUCUGCUGUGAGGAUUUCGAGCCUUUUCUUCCUGCUGCUCUUCCUCCUGAGUGCUCAAGGGGUUCCCAUCUUCUCCACACCCACCGUGUACCCCAGGCCUGCUGCUGUGCUGUGUCCCCUGAGCUGGGGCCCUUGGCUGUCGGUGUCUGCUGGGAAGCCAAGGCUGGGAGCAACGGGAGCAUCUGCUGUGAGCCAUGGCUUUGCAGGAGGACACACAGGAGGAGGAUGCAAAGGCCCAAGUCCUGGCAGAGGCAUUUGAGAAGGAAGGACUGGAUGCUGGAUACUGGGUGCCCAAAGUGACACAGAUCUUGGGAAUCAAGUGCAGAGAAGCCCUGCAACAUCUGGAAUAUGAAGACUACCUCAGGCUGGAGUGUGAGGUACGGCACCCCUGGGAGAAAAAGGCACUCCAGGAACUCCUGAAAAUAACAGAUGACAAAAUGACCACUAAAGGGGUUCAGAAGGAGCACUUGGAGAAGAAAAAGCAAAGACAAGAUGAGGCCAAAAAAGCUCUGAAGGAUCUGACAGAAAUGCUCAACAGCCACAGCCACAGCCAGGAUGCUCUGAGGGAGAAAGCAGAGACCCUGUGGCGAGCCAUGGAGAUUCCCAAAGAGUUCUGGCCACCAGCAGAGAAACCCUUGGCAGAUAUGCUGGAGAGCAUCCAGAAGCAGCUGGAGCAGCAGGAGCAGUCAGCAGGCAGGAGGGAGAACAUCCCUGACACAGAGGUGCUGAGGCGGGCGUCAGGGGGACUGGCCCUGCAGGGCAUCUACAGAACCAGCAGACCUGAAGAUGUGCUGGCAAAGCGAGAGCAGCUCCUCAGGGUUCCUGAGGGAUUCCAGCUCGCUGGUCCGGAGCAAGGUUCGCUGCUUGAGAGGAAGGAGUUCUCCUCCUCUGCAGCAGAAUCCACUUUCACCAAGUCCAUGGAGCAGCUGGGGUUCAGCAUGAGCGUUUCUGCCAAAUGCUCAUUCUGGGGGUUUAAUCUGGGAGGGAGUGUAGAUCACAGCAGCUUCUCGCAGUCACAGGACACCCACCAGUCCCGCUCUGUGCAGAGCUACUUUUGCACCACCAAGUACCAGUACAUCCCUCUGGCCUCCUGCUACUUCCAAAGGCAUCAGCUUCGCCUCUCGGAUGCGGCUCUGCAGGAGCUGCAAGGCAUGGAGCAGCUUUUGAGCUUCAGUCAGGAAGGAGACAAGGCCAUCUUCCGAAAGAUGUCUGAGAGCUUCUUCAGCAGGUUUGGGUCCCACAUAAACCAGGGUCCCCUCCACUUUGGGGGGAUAUUCUGGUGGAAGGCGUCUACAGAAGGAUUCCGAGCUGAGCAGCGGGAAGAGAUGAAACGAGAAACGACUGAAGCACUGAACAGCUUUGUUGGGGCCAGCUGGGGUGGCUUUGGGGCCAGUGUAGAAGGGACCCUGGAUGUUUCCAAAUCCACCUCACAGGCUUCUGUCCUGGGGAGAGCCAGAGAGAGUUCUCAUACAGCGAUUCAGCUCUACGUGGUCAACUCAGGGGGCCCAGCAGACACAGCUUCCCUUCCUCAGUGGAAAACUGGGCUCGUGUCUGAUAACACAACAUGGUGCGUUAUCGACCGUGGCUUUCAGCUGAUCCCAGUGUGGGAAGUCAUCCUGUGCAAUCACUGUGGGGAUUUUAAGUCUGUUGGUCAGAUGAGCAGAGCCCUCAGGGCUGCAUACAAAGCGCUGACGAAUCUGAGCGUGGGCACCAUUUUUGGAGAGGAACUGGGCAGUGCAGUGCAAGAGGCCAGAGAUUUCAUGGGGACUGUGAAGGCCUGGGAGGUGACAGAAGCGGAUGAAGAGAAGAUGCUCAUGCUGAUGGGACUAAAAGAUGAUCUGAAUGCAAAAACCCAGAACCCCAGUGUGUGGAUCAACGUUUGCCUGUCAGACAAAGCCCUGCAGGACUUCCUGGUGAACACCGUGCGGAGCUGCCAGGAGUCACCUCCAGAAAAUAGCACAUCUAUCAAGGUAAAGUUAAGAAGCCUCCUGAAUCCUCAUAUCUACUCUGUCAAGGACUUCCCUGAGGCUUCCUUCAUUAUGCAAUGGAUCUUCCAGACUGAGCAAUCACUUCCCAGAUCUCCCAAAGUUUCUGAGCUACAAGAGCUCAUCAAAACACUGCAGCAAAUGAAGGAGCACAUCCAUGCUGUCACCUAUGCACCAGGAAGCUCUGCUUCUGCUGUUCAUGAAGCAAAGAUAAAAGCCACCCAGACCAGCAGCCUGGCCAUUUAUUCCUUACUCCAGUCUCUCAAGGAACAGGCUCAGAAGGACAUGGAACUGUUGGUGCUCUUGAUUGUGACCAGCACAGGGUACCAGGUGGAAAGCAGCACUUUUCAGCACCUCCUUGGACACCCAGAAAUUCAGUACAUGGCCAAGGAAAUGGAAGCGGCACAUGCGGAGUACGUGAACCUGAAGGAGCAAGAUGCUGACAGAGCUGAGGCCUUCCUUCUGCUGACGGGUCUGACCGUGACAUCUGAAAGUCAAGAGCUGUCCCUUGAGCAGAAGAGGGAGCGUUUAGUUUUCAUGGAAGAUCACAUGAAAGGCUUGUGGUCCACACGGAUAAAGAAUCUCCUCCAAAAGCACCAUGGAGACGAAGACUGGGAGAGGCUUGAAUGGGACUUGGAAUCCUUGAUCAGUGGGUGCUUGGAUGACAAAUGGGAUGAACAAAGGUUACAGAAUAUAGUCAAAGACCUGGAAGACACUCUUCCAACACCUGAGGCCCUGAGUCAUUCCCAGUCCAAGUCAGAAAGUAGUGAAUCCAGAGAAAAUGAAGCCAUUUCAAACCAUGAGUUCCUCCAGUUGCUGAGGCACCUUGGACUGGAAAGUCACUACCCAAGGAAAAUGGGGAUGGGAGAUUUCCACACCAUCUGCAAGACAUCUCUGCAAGACAGCCAGCCCAGUCAGGACACAGAACUGCCAUUAUACUUCUUGCAAAAGCUGUUAACUGUGGAUUACCAGGUGAGGUACCUGACUUGCUGGGAUGACAGCAAUCCAAAUCUUGCAGCCCUGCCACAAACCACAGCAAAAGAGGACCAACAGUCAGAAAACUUUGAACAGUUUUUUGGCAAUCUGGCAGAAGCAGCCCCUGAACCUGAAAGCAGGGACAGCCAUGUGCACCCCAUGGACCUGCAGAUGGCCAUUUUCCAUUGUGCUGAUGACUUCCUGAGACAGACCCUGGCAACCAAGCUGGCCUUCUGCCAACUGGCGCUGCCUCUGCUGGUGCCCAGCCUGAGCACUUCACUCAUCGAGUUCCCGCUCUACGCACUCAGCCAAAUCCAAAGGAGUUGGAAAGAGGUGGACAAGUCAGGAAAGCAGGCCCAAACAAAGAGUUACAACAACAAACUCAUCUUUCAGGCACAGACACCCAUCGUGUCCUUCAUCCGCAUUGGCAGCUCAGCCUCCUCUUCCAAGUCCCAGCUCCUGAAUGCUGUUCUAAACAAACACAAACACAACACUUUCUUUGACCGCCACUGCAGAGGCAGCACCAGAGAGCGUUUGCUGAUGGAAGGGCUGGUGGAGAUCGCCUGGUACUGCCCCCGUGGAAGCCCAAAUGACACCUUUGAGUGCUGUGUGGCUUUCUGUAACCUGCAUGGAGACGCCAGGGAUCACGGAGCACAGCUGCAGUUCCUGCAGGAGAUAUCUGCCGUCAACGUGGCUCUUGUAUCUGAGUUGGAGCACAUGGACAACAGGGGGAAACAGCUUCUGCAGGACCUGUGGCAGUCACAAAGGCCUUUGGUUUGUCUUCUCACAGAAAUAGAGAAUGCUGCAGCUGGACAAGUCGGCAAAAACAUAAAAAUAGGGAUCAAGAACAGAAACGAAGCAGAACUGAUAGUCCAGCUGACAAAAAUUAUCAGGGAUCUCCUGGAAGGGUCUAAUUCAUGUUUCAGCCUAGAGGCCUGCAUGGACAAAGCUCGCCAGCACGGAUUCAUAGUGGAUGCAGAUCAACCCGCGUGUGUGACAGCCAAAGCCAAGGCAAAGGAGCUGAUGGAGCUUCUGAAGAAAGAGAAGCUGUCUGAGAUCAAAUCCCGGCUGCUGCCGCUUCAAGGAAAACUGUGGUACCAGUGGUGUCGAAAGGACAAAGAACUCACUCGCUUGCAGGAGAAGAGGAACAAGAGCAUUGAGCAUCAUCGCAGCGAUAUUGAAAAUGAGAAGAAAGCAAUAAGAGGAAAGCAACUUGAGCAAGCUUUCCCUCUCAACCCACUGAUGAAAUCAUUCCUCGAGUUUCUCCAUGCCCAGCCAGCAGACACCAAGAAAUACUUCCUGCAUUGGAUGAAGGUCUUUAUGGAUGAGCUGUCCUGUGGUCGCCUUGAAGAACUGAGGAGAGAUUAUCACGAGGUAUGGUCUGAAAUCCUGUCAAGAAAGAAAAGCAAGAAAAAGCCCAGUUGCGAUGAUGAAUUGCUGAGUCGCUUGGAUGCCAUCUCUGAUGAAAUCAAUGAUUCAUCCAUCGGCCUGGAGCACCUUCUGAGAGAGGUAGGGCAGAUUUAUGAAGCUCUGCAAUUAAUGAACUCCAAGAAUGCCAAUUUUGACAAACUUCCAGAAAUUGCAGCAGAGCUGAUGGUUUCAGGGUAUCCUGUGGAGCUGAUGGAUGGGGACGCUUCUUACCUGCCCUUGCGCUGGGUGGGAGCAAUCUUUGACAGCUUAAUUGAGAGGCUGGGGGACAAACGAGUGUUUGUGCUCUCCGUGCUCGGCAUCCAGAGCACAGGCAAGUCCACCCUGCUGAAUGCCAUGUUUGGUCUGCAGUUCAACGUCAGCGCAGGGAGAUGCACCCGUGGAGCCUUCAUGCAGCUGAUCCCAGUGGGAGAGGAGCUGCAGCAAGACUUGGGCUUUGAUUUUGUGCUGGUGGUUGACACAGAGGGACUUCGAGCCAUCGAGAUGGCCAAUAAACAAUCCCUGAACCAUGACAAUGAGCUGGCCACCUUUGUCAUUGGUGUUGGCAACUUGACUGUGAUCAAUAUCUUUGGAGAAAAUCCAUCAGAAAUGCAGGAUGUUCUCCAGAUCGCUGUGCAGGCUUUCCUGAGGAUGAAGCAAGUCAAUCUUUCCCCAGGCUGCCUCUUUGUCCACCAAAACGUGGGAGAAGCAACUGCCAAGGAGCAGAACAUGGAAGGACAAAGGCGUUUGCAGGAAAAGCUGGAUGAAAUGACCGUGGUAGCUGCUCAGCAGGAAUUCUGUGACAUCUCCUCCUUCAGCGAUGUCAUUGGCUUUGAUGUGAACACCCACAUUCACUACUUUGCUCACCUGUGGGAAGGAAACCCCCCAAUGGCACCACCCAACCCCACCUACAGCCAGAAUGUCCAGGAACUGAAGAGCAAAAUCCUUCAGGCUGCCAAGAAGCAGUCACAGUGCAGCAUUUUGAGGUUCUCGAGCCUGAAAGAUCGUAUUGGUGACCUCUGGAAUGCUUUGCUGAAUGAAAACUUUGUGUUCAGCUUCAAGAAUUCCCUGGAGAUUGCUGUGUACAGGAAACUGGAAAGUGCCUUUAGUCAGUGGACUUGGAAGCUGAGGAGUCACAUCUUAGAUGUACAGAUGAGACUGGACAACAAAAUUCGGAAUGGGGACAUGCAGAAUGUCACCAGAGAACACCUUGAAGGGCUGGUGCAAGAGACAAGUGAUGCCAUUGAGAAAGAAGUGGAAAAGUAUUUCAGGGAAGACAAAGACUGUGAGACACUGGUCCAGUGGAAAUCAAGCACAGAGCUGAAGCUGAAAGACCUAAAAGAGACUCUUCUUCUUGAAACAAAAAAGAAAUGUGAGAAUCUCAUUGAGCUCCAGAAGGAGCAGAGGAAACUGGAUGCAAGGAAGUUGAGCUAUGAAGAUGAGCUGCUGAGAAGGAGUCGGGAGCUGGCUGUGAGUCUGAAAGGGAAGAGCCUCAGUGAGAGAGAACUGAAGGACAACUUUACUCUUGUCUGGAACCAGUGGAUUGCUGAAGUCUCCCGUGCUGCUCGUCCUCCAGAACGGGUGGAUAUUGAUGCAGAAAUUGAAGAUGUCCUUGUGGAGCAGUUUAAGGAGCCAGGUUUCCCUGCACGGCUGAGAUCAUUUCCCAGAGGCAGAGGGUUUUCUUUUGAUCCAGAGAAACACAUCAUGAAGAAAAAGUAUUUUGGCAUUUUCCCAGGUUUCAGGAGCCUUUCCAAUGCUGAUAUGAUCAAGUUUCAGCACAUCACAGACAACAUCAUAGCGUGUGUGAAGGCAAACAUUGCUAAGAAGGAAGAGGAGAAACGGGAUUACAGUAGAAAUUUUAUCCAUGAAAUACUCAAUGAAGUACAGAAAGGUGUCAGCUCUGUCCCCAGCGAUGGAAAAUGUACUUUUAACAGAGAUUACAGCAUAGAUUUGUCUCUGUAUCUGUGCAGAAUGGCAGCAGAAAGGUUUAAAGCCAUGCACGAAGCAUUCCAAAAGGCAAAUGACCCAGUUGUGUACCUGAGCAGUAAGAGAGAAUAUUUCUUCCAAUGUUUCCAGAUUUCCUGCCAAGGAGCCACUUCUGUCACAACUUUUGUUGUUUUUUUUUGUGACAAGAUUGAACCAGCUCUUCACCGUGCAGUCUAUGAAAGGACAGCUAAAGACAUUGCUGAGGACAUGCAGGGCAAAUUCCCAGAUUUCCAGGGUAGCAGAGCCAAUCUGGAAGUUUGCAUCCUGAGAUACCUGGCAGAAGAAGAAAAUUUUGAGUAUUUCAAGCAGUACCUUACGUCUCCAAAACAGUUUUGUGAGAGUUACAUUGAGACACAAGUUAGGAAUUACUGUUUAGAUGGGAGUAGGAGGCUGAAGAUGUUUUUAGAUUCCUCCCUUGAUAUUCUGUAUAAAAAUCUCCUGUCAGCUGUUUCUUUAUCAACCCAAAUUGUCAAAGACAGAAAAGACAGAGAAGACAAAGUCUCUCUUUGGCUGGAUGAAUUUUGCAGGCAACUGACUGAGGUGAUCAACUUGCCCAGAAGUGACCUGAAGGGCAUUGAGCAUCAGGAGGUCACAGACAUUGAGUUCCUCAGCAGUGCCAUGGCAGAAGCUUUGGAUGACCUGAGGGACAAGCUCAUGAACGAAUUUGCUGGUGCUGACCUGAGCUCAUUUUCAAGGCAGCCUCACACCAUCCUGGCAGAGCAUUUUUCGGGGUGCUGGGAGCAGUGUCCCUUUUGUGGGGCUGUCUGCACAAACACCAUGUGGAAUCACGAUGGAGACCAUCAGCUGGUCUACCAUCGCCCACAAGGUUUGAACGGAUGGAGGUGGCAUGAGACAGACCACCUGGCCAUUGAUAUUUGUUCCAGCGAUGUUGCAAGUGACUGCACAUUUAGCGUUCGUGACAAUGAAGUGUUCCCCUACAAGAGAUACCGGGAUGCUGGACCUCCUUUUUCCACUUGGAAUAUUCUUCCUGAUUCAUCCAUGCAGGCAUACUGGAAAUGGUUUGUGUCUCAUUUCAGGACACAGCUGGAAGCUCUGUAUAAUGGGAAAUUUCAGGGCAAAGGAAAAAUCCCUGAGGCGUGGCGAAGAGUUACGAAGCAGGAAGCGCUGUCUGAUCUGGAGAAGCGUUAGGCCACAUCCUUGGGGAGGAAGAACAACAGCUUUGAAGUUUGUACCAGGGUUUGUACUAGGCUCUCCACAAAAUGCAGUUACAAUGAUGAUGCUCUCAAGUCCAGAAAAGACAAUACUAUUCAAUUGCUCCCAAAUUUGAUGAAAGAAGGCACAUUUCUGCAUCCAUUACUCAACAGCUCCCUCGCUUCAUGAGAAAGGCACAAUCUUCUUUUCUCUUUGCCAGAAACAUUUCCCUCAGCUUUGUCCUAGAGCCAAACCAAACCCACUCCUUGGGGCAAUUGGCUUUGUUGCUAUCCUGAGAUCAAGGGCAGGGACGGGGCAAAGGGCAGCACUCAAAGCACCCCUUGGAUCAGCAGCUGUGAGACAAGAAGGGACAGUGCCCCAAAGGCAGCUUUCCCGCAGCAAGGGGCUGUGCUGCUCAGAGAGAGGCCUGUGGGACCUGAGGCCAGCUCUACAUUGGCUGCAAGCUGGGAUGCUUGGCUUUUGGGUGUUAUCCUUCCCUCCCUCCUUGCAGCCUCCUGGAUCAACUGAGGUCAUUCUCCCAGCAGGUGCUGUUUUGCCUGUGGGCUCAGGAAAGCAGUAACACGACUGCCCUGGGGCACAGGCAGUGCUUUCACUGCCUGUCUCGGGGGUGCUGUGUCUCUGUCCAGCGCAGCCGCUCCUGCUCAGGUGCCUGGGGUUGCUGCCCUUCCCUCCAGCCCUCAGCCCCAGCCAGAACUGCUUCUGCCCUUGGCCUCUCUGCUGAGCAAAAUCCUUUGGAAUGCCCCAUGUGGAGAAUCCUGUGUGCCAGCACCUUCUGCAGCAGCCCUUGGGGCAGUGCUGGUGCUGCCCAGGCAGGCUGGUGGCACUGGAGCUGUGCUCUGGAGAAGGUGGCACCAGCUGGCUGCGCCCCAGGGAGGUGUGGGGGCUUUUGCUGUGCAGGUGCUGCAACCUCACUGGGCAAAGUGAGGGCCAAGCCCUCCUGGAGAGAUGCUGAAGGGCUGCUUCAGCCUCAUCCCCUGCAGGCUCUGUGUGAAAAAUGCAUAUUAUAUCAUUGUCUCUUUGCAAGUGUUAAAAUGAAUACUAUAUGUGUUAUGUUGGAAAGUCAUGCUGUAUUAAUCUCUUUGUAGUGGUGUGGUUAAUAUAGUUUUUAGGCUAUAGCAAAAUAUAAAAUAGAAUCUAUGUGAUGGAAGAUACUUUUCUAACUAGCUCAAGGAAUGUUAAAGAGAAUCAAGAAAUUCUUUUGCACUGAGAUAACAGCAACAAGACACCAAAAAUCCCAUGAGAAUUAUUGCCUCCUUUUCGGGAAGAACCAGACUUUGAGGGACCAAAAUGACUGAUAUACAAGAUGAGAGGGGGAGUUGGCAAUAACCAGAAAACACCAUGUCCUGGUUUGAGAGGAAGUGAGUUUUUUGGGAUGCUAUGGUCAAACCAAUAAGUGCUCAGAUUUGAAUAUUGUCACCUGGUGUGGCCACUGAGGACAUAGAUACGCCUCUGAGAACACAGGAGGGUUAAAAGCUGAGAACUCCCAGGGGGAAGCUCUUUUGGGUUCCAUCCAUGAAAGAGGUCAGAGCUCCCCUGCUCAGCUGCAGCCUGCGUGCGGGAGGGGAAGCCAUGUGGCCGGAUGAGGUAGGCCAGGGUCUUGGACAGAGAAGGGAGGUGAAAGCCCCUGCAAGAUGGAAGGGUGGAGGAACCCAGAGAGACAUCGGGCAGCCCCCCUCUCCCCGCCCCCAACCUGUGGUGUCUGUGCCUGAGCUGGUGUCUGUGCCUGGGCCACCUUCAAAUUUGAUAGCACAGUCAGCCAAGAAAGAGAAGGGUGGGGGUGAGGUGAGAAGGUGCCCAGCAGGGCAGCUGUAGGAGUUCUACACAGGCAGAACCUGAGAUUUUUAACCCUUUUCUUCGAUGAUAAGAACCUUACAAAUGCUGAUCCUCCUGGAGUUGAAUGAGAAGAGAGAUAGAGAUGAGAUAAGAAGAAAUGGGCCACGAGAGAAGUUGAGAAGAAUCUUAGGUGAGAAGAGGUGAUAGAGUGGCCUUUUGCAGGACUUUUCUUGUAUAGCCAUGGACAGAACCAUUUUUCCUGUGACACAGAGAUUGCAUUUAGGGGGAGGCAAUGGCUUGGAGCUAAGAGAGUGUAGUGAUGUGAUGUGAAGGAGUGGCGUGAACAGAGAUGACGGGUGAGGAGGGUGGUGGUGCCCUCUGUCUUCAAGGAAGAAGAUGAUCUCUGUUCUCGAGAUCCCUCAGCCCCAGGGGGUGAAUUUGGGGGGGGACAGGUGUCCCAAAAGUGAGAGACUGGGCUUUUUUUAGAACUGGGUAAAGCAUCCUUAAAAAGGGAACCCUAGAAGCAGCUCUGGUCCAUGCACAGUGGUCAGAGCACUGGGCAUGGAAGGAAGAUAUCACGAUGGCAAAUGAUCUCCGGGCGGUGCCAUGUGUGACAUGGAAACACAAGAGGUUCCAACUGUGUUUCCAGGGGAAGUCUAUAGUACAAGAAGGACUCCUCUGUCGUUCAUGAUCUAAGAAUUGAUUAUCUAAAGAGUAGAGAUAGACUGAGAGUUGAUAAUCUGAGGGGCAGAUUUAUUAGAAAUUUGGUGAAGAGAGGAGGAAUGUUUUUGGAAGGUUUUCAUUCUGAGUUCGGCAUGUGUUUCUCUUUACAUAUAGUUGCAGGUUAAUAAAGUUUUAUUUCCUUUUAUUCCUAAGCUGGAGCCUGCUUUGCUCUAUUUCUGAUCCCAUCUCACAGUAGACACCAGAGAGAAAGUAUUUUCAUAAAGGCACUGGCAUUGUUCCAGGGUCAAACCAUGACACACCCUUCAUUUGAAAGGAAUUUUUGCAUCAUGUAUGAAAUAUAUGAAUAUGCAACAGCUAUUGCUUUUAAGGAUCAAUCUUUUGUUAGUGAGGUGGGCUUUUGCAGAAAGCGUGAAAUGCACGCAGAUGUCUGUAAGUCUUUGCUUUUUAUUGUCUUUUAUUGUCCUACUCUGAUUGUCCAAAUUCUUAUUGCUCUAAUUUGUUAUUACUAUUUUUAUAACAAUUUUAAUUCUAUGAAACUUUUUAAAUUUUAAAAGAAGUGAUUGGCGUUUUUCACACUCUGCUAAUGAAAGAGUUGAUUUGGACUGCUCUGUGUCUCCUUUGUGUUCAGGGGAGCCACGGCUGGGGGUGACUCGAACUCUGCAUGCUGCAGACAGGCAGGGGACAGGGGUGUGAAAAAUACAUAUUAUAUGUAUUGGCUUUUCGUAGAUAUUAAAAUGAAUACUAUAUGUGUUAUGUUGGAAAGUUAUGUUGUAUUAAUCUAUUUUUGUGCUGUACUAAUCUUUUAAGUAAUGUGGUAAAUAUAAUUUUAGGUUAUAGCGUAAUGUUAGAGUAGAAACUGCGCAGUGUGGGAUACUUUUUUUAACUAGGUCAAGAAAGGGAUAAGAUAUUCAAGAUAUUCUUCGGACAGAGAUAACAGCAACUAGACACCUAAAUCCUCCAGAGAAGAAUUAUUGCCCCUUUAUUGGAAGAGACCAAGUUUCUCCCACCUCCUUUGCGUCUUUGAGGUGCCAACAGGAUUAAGGAGGAGAAGUUGACAAUAAUGAAAGAACACCCUUUGUUUGAAAAGAAUUUAUGCAUCAUGUAUGAGAUAUAUGAAUAUGUAAGAGGCUAUUGCAUUUCUUUGUUAGUGGGGGGUCCUUUUUGGGGGCUUAAUUGCCCAGGAAAAGGUACCUGGACUAUCCAUAUUUCUUUGUUUUUAUUAUCCUGUAUUGUCUUAACCCUGAUUGUCCAAAUUCUAGUUGCUCUAAUUUUAUUACUAUUUUUAUAACCAUUUUAUUGCUAUUAAACUUUAAAAAUUUUAAAACAAA